CUCGGUAGUUUGCUGGGACAGACCCAACAGAGCCCGGGUUGGUCUCAAGGAACCAGCACAUAGUUUAUCUCUGAGUGGUUUAUUUUCCUCUUCUUCUUUAGUUGUUUUCCCUGAACGCGGCGUGUUUUAGCGCCGGACCGCCGUCAUGUUCCUGCGGGGGUCUAAAAAGCGGCGGUCCAAUCGCUCGCAGGAGGAAGAGGACCCAGACAGAGGCCAGCCCUGCAUGCGCUGUGGAGACCAGUGCCCCGGCUUCCGCGUUCAUGGCUGGAGGAAGAUCUGCGUGCACUGCAAGUGUGUGCGAGAGGAGCAUGCCGUGCGCUCGGUGCCGGGGCAGCUGGAAAAGAUGAUGACCAAGCUGGUUUCGGACUUCCAGAGACACUCCAUCUCCGACGACGACUCGGGCUGCGCCUCCGAGGAGUACGCCUGGGUCCCGCCGGGCCUCAAGCCCGAACAGGUGUAUCAGUAUUUCAGCUGCUUACCAGAAGACAGAGUGCCUUAUGUGAACAGUCCAGGAGAAAGAUACCGAAUCAAACAGCUGCUGCACCAACUUCCAGCCCACGACAGCGAGCCUCAGUACUGUAACGCUCUGGAUGAUGAAGAGAAAAAGGAGCUGCGUCUGUUCAGCCAACAGAGGAAAAGAGAGAACUUGGGCAGGGGAGUGGUCCGGCUCUUCCCUGUCACCAUGACCGGAGCCAUCUGCCAGCAGUGCGGCAGACAGAUCUGCGGCGGAGAUAUAGCGGUGUUCGCCAGCCGCGCAGGUCAGGGCAGCAGCUGGCACCCUCAGUGUUUCCAGUGUGCCUCCUGCAGCGAGCUGCUGGUGGACCUCAUCUACUUCUACCAGGACGGACAGAUCUACUGCGGGCGGCACCACGCUGAGCGGCUGAAGCCGCGCUGCCAGGCCUGCGAUGAGAUUAUUCUCGCGGAUGAAUGUACGGAGGCGGAAGGACGAUACUGGCACAUGAAGCACUUCUGCUGCUUCGAGUGCGAGGCUGCGCUGGGCGGCCAGCGCUACAUCAUGAGGGAGAGUCGGCCGUACUGCUGCUGCUGCUACGAGUCGCUGUACGCAGAGUACUGCGACACCUGCGGAGAACACAUAGGCAUUGACCAGGGCCAGAUGACAUACGAGGGCCAGCACUGGCACGCCGUGGAGUCCUGUUUCUGCUGCGCCCGCUGUCGGCUCCCUCUGCUGGGGCGUCCCUUCCUGCCCCGCGCCGGGCUCAUAUACUGCUCCCGGCCGUGCUCGCUGGGCGAGGACCCCAACAACUCGGACUCGUGCGACUCGGCGCUGCACAGCCGGCCGCCUCACCCGGGCAGGCGGGGAGGGACGUCCGAGAAGCACCACCAGCUGCAGCAGUGCGGUUCCCCUCUGCAGCCACUAGAGGGCAUCAAACCCAUCACAGCGCCUGCAAAAGACUGCAUCCACACUGCAGUGGAAACCAGAGGUGUCCGCUGCACCGCUCCCGUUCAGAAUGGACUCGGUUCGCCCGGAGGGCCGUCCCAUCCCAGAGGCUCCUACUCACCUCUGCCACACAUCCAUUUAGGAAACGGCUUGGGCCCGUCGUGGCCCAGCGAUGUUCCGCAUUACGCUUUACUACCCGGGGACGGCGGCGUCAAACCUCCCGCUGGAGGCCUGCAGCUAAAUGGACUGACUAAUUCAAGAAAAACCUCAGCGAAUAAAGACUGCAGGAACUGGGUGGAAAAGACGAAUCAAGUUAUGCAAGCGUUUCCUCCUCAGACAAACUCACACAUACACCAGCGGGUUUCUCCCGACUCGCCCCCCGUCCCACCCCCCCUCCCCGUUAAGUCCCGGGACUUGACGCCCGGGGAGGCGCCGCCUGCGAGCCUCCCUCAGCAGGAGAUCAGACCCCCGGACUCUCCGCCGCCGCUGACUCGCAGCAGCACGGCCAGAGUCAGCUUCAGGGAGCCAAUCAGCAGCAGCUACUCGGUGGAGGAGGACGAGGACGAAGACGGCAACGAGGAGGAGCCGAACGAAGGCGAGGAGAACGAGCCGGAGGAGGAGGAACAGCAGGGGGGCUUCGGGAGCAGGUUGCAUCUACGGAAAGGCAUCCCGCCACAGAUGGAUCUGCUCGACGGUUCUUCAUACCAGCAGCGCCACCCGAGGCGAGGGUGGAGUCGAUCCCGCGCCCCGUCGGACCCCGCCCUGCACCCGGGGCCAGAGAGGCGCUCCCGGCGCUCGCGGCCCGAGCGGCCUCAGCUGGACACUCUGGACUGGAGGGAGAGCCUGGGCUCCUCCAGCAGCUCCGCCCUCACCCUCCAGCCGGGCCACUGCAAACACGAGGACUCCUGCUCCACCUGCUCCUCCUCGUCAGACUCGGAGGAGGAGGGCUUCUUCCUCGGGCAGCCCAUUCCUCUUCCGCCGCACCUGCGGAAGCAGCAGCCGGAGCAGGGAGACCGGAAGGAGGAGGACGGCAAGGAGAGAGACAAGGGGCUGAGGGGCAGCUUCAGGCGGAGGAGAGCGCACAGUCUGGGGGCAAAGGACAAAGAUAAAAACUGUGCCAUAUCGUAGCCCCUCCACGGAUCGCAGCACAAGCACACUGCGUGUUGUUUCACUAAAUGACGGGGCACAAGAGGGACUGACAGCCGUCAUUACUCUGGUGUUUAUCGGGUUUACGACGGUGACCGAGUGCUUGAUCCAAAGGUGAACCACAGCUCAGCAAAGGGAAGCGCAGUAAACCUCCCAGGAGCCACCCGCCCGGUGUUUAUGCUGUUGACUCCACAUUGUUCCGCUUCGAGGUGCUGCGGCGUGGAAAAUAAGUACUGGGCGCAUGAAUCAUGUUUGAAUGUAGAGCGAUUGUUUGUGAUGAGGACUGAGACGUGCUGCAGUCAGCCUGAACGCCGAGGACUCUGCGGUGGAGCGUCACUGGUGUCAAACCUCCGGCCUCAGCAGGGACCCAGGAGCCAUUUUAAGACACUUUGUCAUUACAACUCUAAUGCAAACACACUCGGUCCUCCACCAGCACCACUGACAUGUCUGGACUUGGUCUGGAUUCUGAGCCGGGAGCAGGAGAACGUCCCUCCUGGAAGUUUUAAAUUACCCGAAUGAUUCAGCCAACAGCACCGUAAUGACAAUAUUUACAUCAGCCAGGGAACAUUUCCCAGCUAAAAACUGUUACGACCGGCCUCAGACUGGCUGGAAGGACCAGAAGUUUGAUCGUGAUUAAAGUUUUCUAAUCAUUUAUCAGUGAUUUUAGAUGGCGUCGGUUACAGAUCAGAUCUGGUGCCACAUAAACCAGCGGCAGACUCAAUAUUAUUCAGCAUCAGGGCCGUUUUCAAUAAUAGGCAGGUGGUUAUAAUGUUAUGGCUCAUUUGUGUGUUUCCUAACUCUGCUGUAGCCGUUUUUAUUUCCUGUGCUCUUACUGUGCAAUUGUUGGAGGCCGUAGAAUGUUUCAGUCAUGUGCCACGGGACGCAGUGUUGUGACAGUUCCUGCUGUUUGAGUGUUGGAGGCUUGAUGUAUCGCUGUCCGAUGGAAACACUGCGCAACAAAAAAAAA